UAUAGUGCAGUAGUCGGCAAAGAAAGUGACCACAGACCGAAGCCUAUCCAGCCGUCUGAGCGGCGGGACUGCGAACAAACCUUUAGCUCACCGACUGUUUACAACAGACAGACAACAGACAGCCAGCGGAUCAACUCCCAGUUUGCGGCAGAUUAAGGAAAUCAUUGCUGCGGCUGCGUUUUGGACACUUAAAUAUAUUGCGCACGGCGGAUCUAUGAAGACGCAGGCAGGUUUUUCACUCGCAACACCAGACCGAGGGAACAGGGAGUGAUUCACCCCGCUGCCUGCAGCCCCCAUGCCGGGCAUUAGCUCCACCGCGCCUCGGUAUGAAAACUGGGACAUGGACCACCUCGACCACUACCAACAUUAUUUCUACGACGACCACCACGACCCGGACGAGGAUUUCUUCAAGUCCACAGCUCCCAGUGAGGACAUAUGGAAGAAAUUUGAGCUGGUACCGACCCCGCCCAUGUCCCCUAUCCGGGCGGUGGAAGGGUCUGGCAGGGUCGGGCUGCUGUACCCGUCUCUGGGGGACAAGCUGGAGUGGGUGUCUCAGUUCUUAGGGCAGGAGGAUGAGCAGCAGCAGCAGCAGCAGCAGCAGCAGCAGCAGCAGGAUUUUCCCUGCAAGCUGACCACAAACAAUGACUCGUUCGGGAACCUGAGCUCCAUCAUCAUCCAGGACUGCAUGUGGAGCGGCUUCUCCGCCGGACAGCAGCUGGAGAGAGUUGUAGGGGAGCGCUGCGCCUCCUGUCCCGGGACAGGACAGGGGGCAGCGGCUAAAGUCGCAGCCGGGUCUGCGGUUACAUCCCCGGGGAGGGCUCAGUGCGCCCCCGCGGACUCGUCGGCCCUCAGCGGGCUGGCCGCGGACUGUGUGGACCCGGCUGCAGUGCUCACCUUCCCGUUAACCGGUGGAUGCAAGAAACAAGUGUCCUCUGGGUCCGAGUCUCACACCGACUCAUCAGAUGAUGAAGAUGACAAAGACGAUGAUGAGGAGGAGAUCGACGUGGUGACGGUGGAGCACAAGCAGCAGCGCAAACCUCGUCGACUGGUCAACACUCGCAAACCGGUGACCAUAACGGUGCGAGCGGACCCCCUGGACCCCGGCAUGAAGCGGUUCCACAUCUCCAUCCACCAACAGCAGCACAACUACGCUGCCCCCUCCCCAGACACACUCCCCACGCCGGUGGAGCCUCCUCGCAAGAGGGUCCGGCAGGAGGCCUCCUCCCAUGCCGCCCACCCCCACCAGAACUCUCAUUACCAGCAGCCCCGGCCCGGCCACGCCCCUCUGAACUUAGACAGCAGGAAGUCUCACGUGACCGGGAGCGGCGUCAGGUCGGAGUCACCUAACCUCAGCGCCUGUUCUCCUACCUCCUCCACGUCACCGUCGUCUCCUCCCUCCUCCUCCACCUCCCACUCCCAGAGCUCGCCCUCCAAGCCCCACUCCUCCUGCCACUUCUCCAGCCCCCAGUCCUCCGACUGCGAGGACACAGACAAGCGCAAGGCGCACAACUUCCUGGAGCGCAAGCGGAGGAACGACCUGCGCUCGCGGUUCUUGUCGUUGCGGGACGAGAUCCCGGGCUUAGCGGACUGCCCCAAGACGCCCAAGGUGGCGAUCCUGACGCGGGCCACCGAGUACCUGCAGCAGCUGCACGUCAGCGAGCGGCAGAAGGCUCAGGAGAGGAAGCAGCUGAAAUCCAAGCAGCUGCAGCUGCUGCAGAGGCUGGCGCUGCUCAAACGCUCCUGAGCGACGGGGUCGACUGUCACCAUACACCUCACGGGACUGACUACAUGAAGGAGAAAAGACACUAAUGUUCACUUUGAUUUGGUCACGUUGGAAUAGUGCGGGUGGAUUUUUUUUUUUUUGUUUGUUUUCUAUUUGUGGUUUGCACAUUAGCUUCUGAGUGAUUGACGAGGCCGUAAGCCGGUCAGGACAGCAAGCUAGGGACUGAUCUAAUGGGGCAUCUUACGGGCAGAUUAAUAUGUCCAUGGUUACUCAAUAUAAGUUUGUCAAACUGUUCUAUUUCCCCUCGCUGAAAAAUGUUCAAAACUAUUGCUUGCAAUGGGAAGGCUCGCUGUGAAUGCAGCAGCUUGUGAAACUGCUACAGCUGUGCUGUCGACCUGCUGCAUGGUCCGCUCAGACGUUUCCUUGAUUGUGAUAGGGCUUGGUGUGCAUGCACAGCAGAGAUGUCUUCGUUUUCUGUCCGUCAUCAGUCUCAAGGCCCCCUUAGAGAAUGGUCUCCUUUGCAUUUCAUGUUCAUUACAGUCCCCUGCUCCUUAGCACUUGGCACACAACUUGGAAUAUUUAAAAUCAAGUUGUGCCUUGUUUCUGCUCUGCUUGUUUUCAUUUUUCUUUCUCAUUUUCCAUAGCAUCUAACCUUUUUUCUUUAUUUUUUUUCUUUGCACUUUUUCCUUCUCAGUUUCUUCUUUAUGUUUGCUGCUCAUGGGGGGCUGUAGUGGGACUGUACUGAGCCCUGCAACAGUGAUGUUACAACUGGAUACAAUAUGUUCUGCACCUCCUGGAAUAGCUCAGGUUAAGUCCCAACUUCUGUGCCUGCAGGUUUCCAUUCUUCUUGCAUCAUAAAUGUUUUAACAGCAGCACCGUGCCCACAGUAACAACCAGUUUUGUAGCAUUGUUUGGAGAAAAUGAGAAAACAUGUUGCCAAACAGGCAUUGUUUGAGAUGAAUCCUGUUUUCAAUCAAUAUCUGCAAAAACACUAUGAAGAUACCAAGAUUUCUUUACUAUUGUUGUGCCAUGGAGACCAGCCAAAAGGUGAAUGUUGGCUUCAAAUUAUCAACCGAAAGAAACUCUUUGUGAAUGGCUUAAAUUGAAUCUCUAUGUUUAAGCAACAUUAAAAAUUAAAAAUGCCAACUUUUGCUUUGAGAUGAAGCCCAACGAAGUCCAACUGUACAUUUCUUUCAUCUUGCUGUCUGAUAUAUUUGUAAAAUUGUUUUUGCAUUUUGAUGUAAUGCCUAUAGAAGCCUUUCAAUGUACGUAGACGAUCCUGUUGGAUGUUAUGUAUAUAGUACCUUUACUGUACAGUCCCUAAAACAAAACCAGAGCUGUCUACUAUACUCAUCCUAGAUUUUGUUUGCCCCGCGUCCUAAACCGGGGCCGAGCUUGCCGGCUUUUCAAUGAUAACUCAAAGCUUCUAUUUUUGUUAAUAAAAAUGAUAAAUGAAAAAGAGUCAAAAUAAAACACUUACUGAACAUUGAUCACACUAGCCACUUUGUCACCACAUUUUUGUUUUGUUUUGCAAUGCCUACUUGUUUUCUUGACUGUUCAUUAGGUUAUCUGUCUCUGGGGUUUCUUUUAUUUGUACAAGUCAGAGUUGACAAAAGUUUUAUACUAUAUUUUCCUACCGAGUUUGUGUUUCAGUGUGAGCUAAUGACUGUUUUUGUUAUUGUAGCUGGCAGGGCUUUAUUGGUGGUUAUGUGCAGAACAUUGGCAUUGUGGGGUCUGCUUUCUCUCCGUGGAGUGGAAAGCACCUGAAUGCUCAAUCCAAUCACUGUAGCUGUAGCACUCUCUUAAAUCUGGCGCGCGUGGGGGGGGGACUUAAGAGGAUCUACCGAUUAAACUUCUGGCUGUGUGUAGCCUAUAGUGACCUUAAUGUUACUGCUUUCUCUCUACUUUUUUCUGCAAGCCCUGGUGCUCCCUAUUGUUCCCAUAACAAGCCAUGCAACAGAGAACACUGUAGCCCUGGUACUAGUACUGUAAUUGACUCGGUCAUGACGAGUAGCAUCCUCUGCUCUUACCAGCACUCAGGAAACUCCCACGUAGCCUGUAGCUCUCCUUGUGAUAGGGCCAUAGGCUGUGCUCGAGGACAACGCCCCCCCGCUUUGAUAUGCUGUAUAUGUAACCGAACGCCAGACCCACACAGAGAGCGAGAGAGAGAGCAUUACAUCAGAGGUACCACAGACAUAUACCUCAAGAUACCACCAGUAAUGUUCCCUUGAAUUAGCUGUUUUAAUGUUUUUCUGCUAAUUAAUUCAGCACAAACCACCAUUAUUAGCCCUGAUUUUUUUUUUUUUUGUUAAAUAGGGUGCACCCAGAGCAGUGGUUUGCCCCAUUAUUAUUAUUAUUUUUAUUUGUUUGACUUGUAUGGGUCACUGGUCUCUGCUGUUGGCACAGUCACGGUGGCAGUGGGCGUUGCUUACUUUGGGAGUUUAAAUAUGGUGAUUUUGGAGCCUUGUCUCAGCACUUUGUUUUUUUCUGUACCUCAUAAGCCUCUAUGUAUGAAGAGUAAGUCAGAAAAAUAAUAAAUUCAUGGUUUGACAUCAAUCAAAUAUGA